AUGUCAGGAGACAGCGACUGCACCAGGACCAGUCCGUCAGCAGGCUCUCCGUCGGACACCGAGUUCGCGCCAGCUCGGCCCAAGUAUGUUUGCUCCCUGUCUCCUGACCUGGUCACCAAAGCCCGGGAAGAGCUCCAAGAGAAGCCUGAGUGGAGGCUCCGUGAUGUGCAGGCCCUCCGAGACAUGGUGUGCAAGGACUACCCCUCCCUGGGCACCUGCCUGGACGAUGCCUUUUUGCUGAGGUUCCUCAGAGCCAGGAAGUUUGAUUAUGACCGAGCGCUCCAGCUGCUGGUGAACUACCACAGCUGCAGGAGGAGUUGGCCAGAGGUCUUCAGCAACCUGAGGCCAUCUGCAAUAAAGCCUGUCCUGGAGUCAGGCUUUGUCACCGUGCUGCCUCACCGUGACCCCGAGGGACGCCACGUCGUCUGCAUCCGUCCAGACAGAUGGAGCCCCAGUCAGUACCCAAUCACUGAGAACAUUCGUGCCAUAUACUUGACCUUAGAAAAGCUCAUUCAGUCUGAAGAGACCCAGGUGAAUGGAAUUGUAAUCCUGGCAGACUACAAAGGAGUCAGCUUAUCUAAGGCCUCUCAUUUUGGUCCUUUUGUAGCCAAAAAAGUGAUUGGAAUUCUUCAGGAUGGAUUCCCCAUUCGGAUAAAAGCUGUUAACAUCAUCAAUGAGCCUCGGAUAUUCAAAGGCAUCUUUGCCAUCAUCAAACCUUUCCUGAAGGAGAAGAUAGCAAACCGGUUUUUUCUUCAUGGCUGUGAUUUAAAUUCCCUUCACCAAAACAUUCCUCCCAUGAUCCUUCCUGAAGAGUACGGUGGCACUGCAGGGAAGCUGGACAUCUCUGCCUGGAACGAGCUGCUGCUGGCCUCUGAAGAGGACUUCCUGCACGACUUCUCCCAGCUGGUUCUCCCAUGUGAGAGCUCUCCCCAGGAGAUGCUUGUGAGUGGGGAUGCUGAGGAGAAGCAGUGUGAUGACUCCCUGCGAGGCAUGAAGGCCCAGCUCUACUACUGCUACUAG